CUGUGCUUCAGUCCGCCAAGUCCCUCCCCUAGAGCUUGCGGGCAGCGGGGCGGAGCCGCAGGUCCUUUGACCUCGGCCGCAGGGAGCGAGCGAGUGGUGGCCGGAGAAGAGACUCCCGAGUCUUCAAAUGGAUUUUAAAAUUGAACACACUUGGGAUGGUUUUCCAGUGAAGCAUGAGCCAGUGUUUGUCAGGCUGAAUCCAGGUGAUAGAGGAGUGAUGAUGGAAGUCAACGCUCCAUUUUUCAAUGAUCCUCCAGCCCCACUAGGAGAACCAGGAAAGCCUUUCAAUGAACUGUGGGAUUAUGAAGUUGUGGAAGCAUUUUUCUUGAAUGACAUAACUGAACAGUAUUUAGAAGUUGAACUUUGUCCCCAUGGACAGCAUUUGGUGCUUUUACUCUCUGGAAAAAGAAAUGUGUGGAAACAAGAACUUGAUCUAUCAUUCAGAGCGUCCAGAGGAGAGACAAAAUGGGAAGGUAGAGCUUAUCUUCCUUGGAGUUAUUUUCCACCAAAUGUGACAAAAUUCAAUUCAUUUGCAAUUCAUGGAUCAAAAGAUAAAAGAAGCUAUGAAGCUCUUUACCCUGUACUUCCACAUGAGCUGCAGCAAGGACAAAAACCUGAUUUCCAUCAUCUGGAAUACUUCAAGCCUUUCAGUUUUAACACACUGCUUGGAGAAGAGUGGAAACAACCAGAGUCAGACCUGUGGCUAAUAGAGAAACCUGAUGUGUAGGAGUAUAGUAGAUGACCACAUCAAUCAUUUCUUCUCUAUACCUUUUAAGAUGACACGGUAGCACUGGACUGCAUCCUGAACGGCUGCUGCAACCUUCAUGUAAUGUUCUACAUUCGGUUCCUGUGCCUCAAAAAAUAACAGUGCAUCCUCAAAUAAAGAAAAUCCCCUUGUCAUUUCCUGCA